AUGCCAACAGAUGAUGAUUUGAAUAAAUUACCAGUACAUCUGAAACGAUGGACAUUCAAUACUUGGCGUUUACAUGGUCGUCGACAAUUAUCGAAUGAUUUUUAUUCACCAACGACAUCGUUAAUACCAUUCCUUGACGAUUAUCAAUAUGAAGUUCCCAAUGGUGAAGAAGAUGAUGCACGUAAAGCACAUGAACAUAUAUCACAAUUUUUUCGAGAAUCAAAUCGUGAAUAG